UCCCAUACUUUUGACUUUACUCAAUAAAAUCUCCUCAUUUAGUAGUAGUACUUCCUAUCUCUCCUAUUUGAGCUUUGAUUUCUCUAGCAGAAGAAGAAAAUGGUUGUCACAGGUGAACAUAUCUAUGAUAGGACAAGUGAAUUAAUAGCUUUUGAUAGUACAAAAGCUGGCGUUAAAGGACUAGUAGAUGCAGGAGUUGAAAAGGUUCCAAGAAUUUUCUAUACACCAGAAGAUGCAUAUACUGUGGCAUCUAAUGAUCCUGAAAAAUCCCAAAUCAAUAUUCCAGUUAUAGACUUAGAUGGCAUCAGUAAAGAUCCAAUUAAACGUAGCGCGAUAGUUGAAAAAAUCCGUGAAGUGUGGGGUUUCUUUCAAGUGGUCAAUCAUGGAAUUCCAGAAAGUGUUUUACAAGAAAUGUUGAAUGGUGUUAGGAGGUUUUAUGAGCAAGAUACUGAGGUGAAGAAACGAUGGUAUACGCGCGAUACGUCGAAAAGAGUGGUGUAUAAUAGCAAUUUUGAUUUGUUUGGAGCUGCAUCAGCUAAUUGGAGGGAUACUACUUACUGCAGUAUGGCUCCAGACCCUCCUACUGCUGAUGAAUUGCCUGAGGCUUGCAGAGAUAUUCUGAUUGAGUACUCGGAGCACAUAAAGAAGCUAGGUUGUUCUUUAUUCGAAUUACUCUCAGAGGCGCUUGGCCUCAAACCGAGCUAUCUGAAUGACACUGGGUGUUCAGAAGGGCUUGCUGUUUUGUACCAUUAUUACCCAGCAUGCCCUGAGCCAGAACUAACACUUGGAACUAGCAAGCAUUCAGAUAGUGACUUCUUCACAGUACUGCUACAAGAUAAUAGUGGAGGCCUUCAGGUUCUUCAUGACAAUUACUGGGUUGAUGUUCAUCCUCUCUCUGGAGCUCUAGUAGUAAAUUUUGGUGAACUUUUACAGCUCAUAUCAAAUGACAAGUUCAAGAGCAUUGCACACAGAGUACUAGCAAGUCGGGUUGGUCCAAGAGUAUCAGUAGCCUGUUUCUUUACCACUGGUCACUCAUUAUCAUCAAGAGUUUAUGGACCAAUUAAGGAGUUGUUAUCAGAAGAUAAUCCCGCGAGGUAUAGGGAAACUACAGUGAAGGAUUUCUCAGUUCACUAUAAUGCAACAGGGCUUGGAGGCAAAUCUGCGCUGCUAGGCUUUAGGAUCUGAACUCAUUUGUUAGUCAGUAACCAUUAGUUAGAUCCUAAAAUCAGUUAUAUGUAACAGUUCUGCUGGAGUAAAGCCAUAUGAUUGAGUUUUGUAUUCUACACUUUGUGGCCUUGUUAUUCCUAAAAUUAUGCUUCUUACGUCCAUUCCGCGUUCUGAAUAUCUCAGUAUGUAUGCAACAUUGCAACUGUGGUUUUUUAAAGUAUCUCGCUGAUGGAGAUUGAAUGUUUA